AUGUCCGCUUCCCAAAUUUUUCCGACGCGUUCCAAGCUACCGCUGGGCAAUAACAACAAGCCGAACGAUUUUUCCAUCGAUAGAGUCAUGAGUGAAUCUGUGCCUCUUUUGCAACACAAACAGACCUUUGAAUCUCUGUCUAAUUCCAACUAUUUGUCAAACCCUGAACCUACAUUGUCCGACAAGGUUUCUUAUUAUUUGCCCUGCGUCAGCUGGUUGCCCUCGUAUAAUUGGCAGUUUUUCUUCGGUGAUUUGGUAGCUGGUCUAUCGUUAGCAUCAUUUCAAAUGCCACUGUCGAUGUCCUAUGCUACGGCUAUUGCUCGGGUUCCUCCCAUUUGUGGUCUCAUUGGUCUGAUCAUUCCUCCCAUGAUCUAUGCCGUUUUUGGUUCAGUUCCGCAGAUGAUUGUUGGUCCUGAGGCAGCCUUGUCGUUGAUUGUUGGGACGGCCAUUGAACCGUAUACUCAUGAAAAAGGCGUCGAUGUGGUUGAUCUGGUGAUUGUCAUAACUUCGGUCUCAGGUGCAACUCUUCUGGGCUUCGGUUUGGCCAGGUUUGGAUUUUUGGACAAUGUUCUCUCCACCUCCCUACUGAAGGGUUUUAUUGGUGGUGUGGGUCUUGUCAUGCUUAUUAACUCUUCAAUUACAGAACUGGGUCUUUCAGAGAUAUAUGAAAAUCUGGACCCUGAAGCUCGUUCGAUGUAUCACAGGGCACCUUACCAGAAAUUGAGAUUCGUAUAUCGCUACUUCCCUGAAACUCACAAACCAACAGCAUACCUCUGUUUGGCGUCCCUAUUGGUGUUACUAUUAAUUAGAACUGUCAAGUCCUGGUGUAUUUCCCGCAAUAUGAACAAGGCUGUGUUUGUUCCUGAAAUUCUCAUUGUUUUGCUCAUCACUACAGUCUUAUCGUGGGCAACAGAUUGGCAAUCAAUGGGUAUCAAAGUGCUUGGUCAUGUAAAUACCAAACACUUCAAAUUUUCAUUACCUUUCUGUGGAGACAUUGUCAAGUAUUACAAUCCUCUGAUUGGUGCUGGGUUUUCUUGUGCUAUAUUGGGAUUUUUUGAAAGUACAACUGCCUCAAAGUCACUGGGUUCCAUGUAUAACCUGCCAAUUUCUUCCAACAGAGAAUUAGUUGCAUUGGGUUCCAUCAAUUUGGUAGGCUCCAUGUUCGGUGCACUGCCUUCUUUUGGAGGAUAUGGCCGCUCCAAGAUCAAUGCCUUAAGUGGAGCCAAGACUACAAUCGGUUAUAAUGAGCUUCUCACAUUUUUUGUAACCAUUAUAGCCACCAUGUUUUACUCUAUAGAAGCAGGAAUCAUCUUGGGGGUCCUGUACUCAUUGGUGCGUGUUGUCAGACACAGUGGACAGUCUCGUAUUCAAAUAUUGACACGCUCCUCCACACUGGAUACUUUUGUCAAUGCAGACGAACCCCAGGAACAACGCAGUGAUUCAAUUUUGGACAAUUCUUCAGCAUGUUCAGCUCACUCUAACGUAGAUGGCUGUUUAAUAAUCAAAAUUCCAGAGCCACUUACAUUCAUCAACUCUUCUGACUUGAAAGCUCGGUUGCGAAGGGUUGAAUUGUAUGGGUCACCCAAAAUACAUCCAGCAACUCCUCGCCUCAGGGGUGAGAACCUAACCCGAUUUGUCAUUUUUGACUUAAACGGCAUGACAGAUUUAGACUCUACCGCUGCUCAGAUUUUGUAUGAUAUUGUUCACAAUUAUAAAGAGAGAGGUAUCUGUAUUAUGUUUGCCAGAGUUCCUACAUUCAAGAAAAUUAGAACCAGAUUGGAAACAUCAAAGGUGAAGCAGUUGCUUGUUGAGGUUGCCAAUGACAUCAGAAACAUGACUGGCGCGGAAAUUCAAGGAACUUCCAAAGAUAUUUCAAACUUGCCCUACUUUUUGACAGUGGACGAGGCUCUAAAGGCGGUGACCGAAAUUAACAUUUCCUCCGGCUACUACGACUUGUCUAGCUACUUGAGCAGUCUGCCACCAUACUAA